AUGAACCAAGAUGACUUCCGGCAGAUGCUCGCGAGCCGCGAGGCGGAGGGCGAACAGCGCGGCUACGGGGGCAAGCGCAAUCUGACAGACGCGGACCUUGCGGAGGCGAGGAAGCUGUCCGCGAAGAAAGCCAAGAAGAAGGGCAAGAAGCCGAAGAGUGCAACGCCCGCGGACGCCGGCGACGCCGAGCAUGAGAAGCCUAAGAGUUCGUACCGAGACCGCGCGGCCGAGCGACGCAGAGGAGGGACAGGAGACAUGAUCGACGCCGACGAGUACAAACAUUUGAACACAGAGCAGAGCAAGUUCCUGGGCGGAGACAUGGAGCACACCCACCUUGUCAAGGGGCUGGACUACACGCUGCUGGCUCAGCUGAAGAGGGAAAAGGAGAAGCUCCUGGCGGAGAAGGAGAAGCAGGCUCAACUCACGUUCAAGUCGAGGAUGGGGAGGCUCGUGUACUUCCACGCGUGUCAGAGCACGCCAGAGGCCACGACGUCAGUGAAGUCGGAGCUGUUCCUGCCCGGCAGGAUGUACUACACGUUUAACCUGUCGACUGCAGAGAUCGAGAGCGUCCCUGUGAGUGUGCAGAGGAGUAAAGAUGACUGCCCGGAACCUGAUGAGGUGGUGAGCGGCAUUGUGGACGAGGCGCUUGUGGACAGAGUCAAGGAGUUGAUGACCAGCAAGAAGAGCGGGAAGAAGAUGCGUAAGAAGAAAAAGGAGAACCAUCACCACCAUGCAGAUAAAGGUCAGAACGAUGGAGAAGAGGACGAGAACGCAGCGGACGCAGACGUGCCGAUGGAGGAGGUCGCAGUUGAAGCUCCUGCUGACGACGAGGACGAAGAUAUCUUCUCUGACGUGGGCGAGUACGUCCCGAUCGAUCAGCGCACGGAUGAGUCGUCUGCCGAUGCUAGGAAGAAGGAGGAGAUCAAGAAGGCGGGAUACUUCUCGAACCUCAGUGCCUCCAUCACUGAGAAAGAGGAGGAGGCUCGAAGAAAGGAAAAGGACGCCGAGCGUGCUUGGAAGGAGACGCUGCAGAAGGCUGUUGACGCGCAGAAGCGGAUCGAGCGCGAGAAGGAGCGGAAGGCAAAGGAGGCCAAGAUGACCGGCCAGACGGACGACUAUGCCGAGUACCAGGCCAUUGGCGCCCUGCCAGAUAGCGACGACGAGGACGACGAGGAGACAGCUCGGCGCCGCAAGGCCGCAGGACUCACGGACCGCAAGGGCGACGUUGACCCGGAGGAGAAGGCUCGACGGAAGCAGCAGAAGCAGAGCAGCAAGCUCGCGAACGAUCUCGAGAAGAUCAACAAGGUAAGG